GAUUUGUGACCAAAUAUUUGCAGUCGUAUCUCAUUUCCUCCGUCUUCUUCACAGACUUUCAACUCCCCAGCUCUUGGCGGCCCAGUUGCCGGCGGCCAUCUCCACAAACCCCACUCAAGAGUCCAAAUAAUGGGAUGUUGUUGCAAUCAAGAAGAAGAAGAACAACUCCUCCAAACCCUAAUAAACCCGCCUCAAGAAUCCCCCCUAUCCACAACCACCACCUCCUCCUCCGCCGCUGGCGGUAGAGGCGGAGAUGGAGAAUUUGAGUCAACCCACAUGACCAUAUCUCCGAUGAAUUCCAAUUAUUCUGCCCUGUUAUGCCAAGACACUCUCCGGGCUAUUUUUGAAAAACUUCCUUUAUCUGACUUGGCACGCGCGGGCUGCGUUUGCCGGCUGUGGAGCUUUGUCGCCUCCGACAGGGAAAUGCAGACGAGGGCUUUUAAAGCUCGGUGGAAAAUCAAGGAUGUUAUCGGUGAUCCUAGCUCCGGAAGCUUCUGGAGAGAUAAUAGUAUCUCCAAAUUCGCCAUUUCUCACCACCUCCUCCGCGGCGACACCGUGGCUGGCCUGGCUGUUAAGUACUCUGUUCAGGUUAUGGACAUCAAACGCUUGAACAAUAUGAUGAGUGACCAUGGCAUAUACUCAAGACAGAGGUUGUUAAUUCCUGUAAGCAAACCAGAGCUUCUCGUGAAUGGCACAUGCUACAUAGAAUUAGAUACCUAUGCUAAAAGGGAAGUAGCAGUUCUGUAUCUUGAAGGUGGCCCUGAUGGAAAGCUUGGUAAUCUGUUAAAUAGGUUGACCACAGAAGAGGGGAGAAGAAGGGUGAUUGACUCUUUGAGGAGGAGCAUGCAAGCUGAUGGUGAAACUGCGCAAUAUUACUUAUCUAUUUCUGAUGGUGACCUUCGAGCUGCUAUGACACAAUUUUCUGAGGAUCUGAGAUGGGAGAGGCACAUGGGGUUGGCCUGAUUUUAGAGCAGUCAUAGAACCAGACUUUGUCUUGGAAAAUUUCAAGAAGUAUGUAGUCUCGAAGGGCAGCUACCUUCUUGCUGUACUGGCCUGCUUUGAACCGAGCCCUGUAUAGGGGAUGCUUCCUGGUGUAUGUUUUUUAUGCUUGUGCAUCAUGUUCAUCUGCAUGUAUCCAUGCCUUAAACGUGAUCUCUCUUGUGAAGAAGAUUCCCUUGUUCACAAACUUAACUGAAUAAAGCCUGCAAGUAAUGGCAGAAAUUGUCUGUUAUAAAAUGUUUGUAAGUUCUGGUUGAAACACUGGAGCAUGGAUUCUGUACUCUAAAGCUUGUUACUUAAAUGAGAAGGAUAAUUUGUUAACCUUCUUGUACAUUGCACUUCAUGAAAUUCUUUGUUAAAACAUGUAAACGAUGGGUCACUUGAUUUUUAAUCAUGUAGUGUGAAGAUGUUUAUUUUUCUGUAAGAAA